CCCGAACUGCGUCAAUCCGAUGGUGACCAUGCCCCCAAAGAAGUUUCGGAUCCAUCGGAGCAGUAUCGAUUGUCGCAGGUGGUGGUCUCAUCGAACAAGGAUCGAUAAGCCUAGAAACUGGGGAAAAAAAUAUUAGAACAUAAAAAAAAUGUCGCCGGAAAAAAAAAAUCGCCGCCACCGACAAGAAUCCGACACUCACUCCUGUAGCGUUCGCCGCCGUCACCGCCGCCGCCGCCGCCGCCGCAACGCCGCCCUCGCCGCCCUCGGCCUCUUCCUCUGCCGCCGGGGGCCUGCUGCUCGUCGUCGGACAUUCCGCGUCGCCGCUGUUGCUGGGGCCCCUUCGCCUUGUUCCUCGCGCUGCCUCCUUAAUCUAGGCGUCGCCGCUCUAUUUUUGGCGUCGGCGCUGGGAGGGUGAAGGAGGUCGGGAUGGAGGAGGAUGUGGUCUGGUCUGGUGCGAGAGGGCGAGGAAGGGGAUUAAAAAAACAAAGGAGCAUAGCGACGGCGCCCCAGUCUCAGGCUUUGGCGCUUUUUGAAAUUUCAAAAAUUUCAAAAAGCGCCAAAGCCUGAGACUGGCGCGCCGUCGCUAGCUUUACCCUUAAAAACUAUAUUUUCUGAGUCUCGGGCGCCGUCGCCAACUUCCCUCCAUCAAAACACAAUAUUCUUGUAAAUAUUUUUCAAAACACUAUAUUCGUGGUAAUUAAAAAAAACACUAUAUUCGUGGUAAAUUAAAAAAAACAAUAUUUAAGG